UGGUAUGCAGAAUAAACGCGUUGUUUGGAGAGGGUUGACUGCAGACUGCGUUUAAAUGCAGAAGGUCUCCAUUGUGAUUUAGGAGGCUUUCUAUCCUGAAUUAGUUGAUGAAUUUUCUAUCGAUCCUAAACAAGCCCAGAUUCAUCUCUGACACGCUGCCCACGCCACGACCAUUCUCUCACCAUUAUUAGCGAGUGCAUUUAAGAGCUUGGCCGAGACGAGCUUCUUGCAUUACUUUCACUGGUACCACUUUUCAUAAGCACUGGGCAAAAUGUAGAUGUAUGUCAGUUCACCAAAUCUGGAACAGUUUCUGUAGAGGUGAAGCCAUGUACUCGAUAGGCUAGGGGGACUAGGGCGUGACUUUCCGUGUGGUUGCUUACAUUUGGUAGAUUCCAGCAUGCCUUUUCUGCGUGUCUGCUUUCGUAUGUUAUUGUUUUGAUUCUCUCGCCGUCUUAUCAAGCGCAUACCAAUGUAUGAGAAAAGUGUGGAAAAUUGGACUAUUCCCAAUCAGGACUUGAUGAGCGCGGUCAAAACUGCCUAAUCCCAUUUCCUUAUCCGGGAAUCACGAAGAUCCACGCCAUUGGCUGACGAUGUCACAUGGACUCUUAACUUUGUUCACUUGACAGAAAGUAGGAGGGUUUUACGAAACAGGAAAACGAGUAAAGGGAUACAUAGAAAUUUUAGUAUAUUUUGUGUGCAAUUCAAAGAAAUUAAUGGCCAUGAGUUCCUAUUUGAUCAACUCCAACUAUGUGGACCCCAAGUUUCCUCCCUGCGAGGAAUACUCCCAGAACGACUAUCUACCCAAUCACUCUCCGGACUACUACAGCGCCCAAAGGCAAGACCCAUCGUUCCAGCAUGAGCCGAUCUACCACCAGCGGUCGGGCUGCGCCGACCCACCCUACUCAUCGUGCCAGGGUCCGGGGCAGCCCGCCGCGGUGAUCUCUCCGCGAGGACACGUUGUGCCCACAGCCGCACUCUCGACCCCUCUCCCUGAACCAAGCCAUCACUGCGAUUCCGAAACUCCUAGUCCUCCGCUUGCCUGCGGUCAGACUCCCACUAGCCAAAACACUUCAACGGCCACCUCAAGAAAAGAUCCCGUGGUGUACCCCUGGAUGAAAAAAGUCCACGUUAACAUCGUGAACCCCAACUAUUCAGGUGGUGAACCCAAACGCUCACGCACAGCCUACACGCGACAGCAAGUCCUGGAGCUAGAGAAAGAGUUCCAUUACAACCGCUAUCUGACCCGAAGACGGAGGGUGGAGAUUGCCCAUACACUAUGCCUAUCUGAACGACAGAUAAAAAUUUGGUUUCAGAACCGGCGCAUGAAGUGGAAGAAGGACCAUAAGCUUCCCAACACAAAAAUACGCAGCAAUUCUGCCAACACUAAUUCAAGCAGCGGUCUAAUUUUAGGCAGCAAUCAGAACCGUUCAAACGGACCUCCGCCAAGUCUUUAGCCUUCCUCUGUGGCCCAAACCAUGUACAUUAAAAAACAAAAAACUCUGAUUUGUAGAGCGUGGAUUUUACCUGCGUCAUGUCUCCCUACUAUCCCAUGCAAUCUCUUUAAUUACAGGGAUAUAACACGAAGAAGGUGUGGAGAAAAGGUUAAAAAUGUCAAUCUUUUCAGUACUAAACUGGGUGAACACUCGAACUCAAAUACUACUAUUGAUGAGUUGCCUUCCCAGUCUGAUUCCCAUUUUAUCCCGAACCACCCAUUCUCACUCGUCCCUUAAAUCAGAAGGCGGCAGAUAGUUUUCAGAUUUGCAGAAGAUGGAUCCGUGUUUCAUCUUUAAUCACGCCAAACUCGGCCUCAUUUGUCAUGUUUACUCUCUGGUACAAAGGAUGAACCGUAGGCCUGUCCAUUACCUCGACGUCUAGCGUUGAGCUUAAUAAAUGAGUCGCUCUGUUUUGUCAAGAAGCUCUGUUUUCUAACUCCCUUUUAUUCUCCAGGGUUAAUAAAAACCAGCCGAAUGUUUUUCAUCUGAUAUGAAGUUUUGUAUUUUGUAGCCAUUACGUUAUCUUGCAUUUACUAUUUGCAUUUUGAAUGCAGUGUCAGUGGGACUGGGAGUUAUUGUGUGUGUGGUCCAUUUCAGGUUGAGAACAGCAAAUCACAAAUGAGUCUUUAUUCAGAUUAAAUAUAAAAGUUGAAUGAGACUGGGCGGCUAGAUAUGCAUAACCAAAACCGGUACAACGCAAAGCAUUUUAAUAGGAGCACUGCUAAGUACUAUUUGAAUUACCUCAGUUUUAUUUUGUCUAGUUUUAUGAAGUGAUACGUUUAAACUCAUUUGACCUAUUAUAGAAAAUAUCUGCAAUAAGUACUCUCAGCAUUUGUUUGUAAUUUGAAAUGUAAUUUAAGUUAAGUGUGGCCAGGGUUGUAUAGAGAAAAGAUGCGUAUAUUGCAUGAGUGAAUACACUAUAUUUUUGUUGAUACUUUAUAAUAUUACUACCACCCUACUUUUGUUUUAUGGUACAUAGACACGCGCAAUUACCACAUCUUUCUUUCAUAUGUAAUUUUACAUUUUUUAUUAUUUUUAUAUAUAUUUUUUGUACAUUCCAAAGAUCAGUCUUCGAACUGAUGAGUUGUAAAUUUACCCUCUUACAUGUUUGUACGUUGUUUCCUUUCUGCUUAUACCUUUCACUGUUUCCCUUUGUUACAUGUAAAUAGUUCUAGAAAUGUAAUAAACUUGCGGAAAAGUAUAAUUUUUCUUCAU